CUAUAUUUGUCUCUCCCUUUGUGACGUAAGGUUUAUUUUAUUUUCGUUGCAUGCUCGGUCGCAUCACGAAUGUGUAUUCAGGUCCGUAGUCACAUGGACUGUUGUGACUACCAUUGCAACGGCAUAUUUUGAGUGGAACAGUUCUCACCGAAACAGGCUACUUCCACAAUUGCUAGAAAAGUACUGUUGAAAGAGCAAGAAUGGUGCAGAUACUACGUCUUGUGGACUCAGUGCGCAAGUGCCUGUUUGUGAUAGGCACGGCGCUUCUCUUGUUUGUUGCUGCCAGAAACAGCAUCACAUGGCAUCUCCAGAGAUUCUGGGGUGCUUCUGGUGACUUUUGGCAGCAGAAAUGGGAAGACAUUUAUGAACUCUGUGGCAGAGAUGCUUUUUUCUUGGGAGUUUUUGGUACCACAGUUUUUAGCUUAUUGGUGUUCUGGCUUUCCAAUGCAUUCCUCAUGUUUUUGGAUGUGACUGGGAAGCCAGCAGUGCUUUUGCGUUACAAGAUUCAGCCAAACAAAAAUAUGCCACUCUCUAAGGACCAACUGUGGCAAGCAGUGCGCCAGGUGUUGAUCAACCAGACUCUGGUGGGUAUACCUUUCACUGUGUGUGUCUACCGGCUGUUGAUGUGGCGUGGCUGCAGUGUCUUGCCUCAGGAUCUUCCCACUUUUCACUGGGCUGUGAUGGAGCUGAUAAUCUUCACUCUUGUAGAGGAAGUUUUCUUCUAUUAUUCCCACAGGCUCAUGCAUCAUCCAUGCUUGUACAAGCAUGUCCAUAAAAUGCACCAUGAGUGGACUGCUCCUAUAGGAAUUGUCAGCAUCUAUGCUCAUCCCAUUGAGCACUGCAUCUCUAACCUACUGCCACCAGCCAUGGGGCCUCUACUGUUGGGAUCCCACCUGGCAACUUCUUGGUUGUUUUUUGCCUUGGCACUGAUGUCAACUACAGUUGCCCACUGCGGCUACCACUUUCCAUUCUUGCCCUCACCAGAAGCCCAUGACUAUCACCACCUCAAGUUUAAUCAAAACUAUGGAUUUCUGGGAGUUCUGGACCGGCUUCAUGGCACAGACAAUGCUUUCCGUGCAUCCAAGGCCUAUGAACGUCAUUUCCUGCUUCUAGGCCUUACCCCAGUUUCUCAGCAAUUUCCAGACACACUCAGCAAGAAGAAGUCUGAGUGAAUGGCAUUCACCAGUACUUAACUUUAAGUUUCUUGUAGUUUGUUUUUAGUUUUAUUUGUUAUUUUUGUUUUAUAACAUUUAUAAUUCUAUUUGACUGUUGCUUUUGUAGAAAAGUGCAGAGAAAAACAAACAUAAGUAUACCUGCUUUACAACAGAAGCAGAGUGUAAAAAUCUUGGGGAAGAAAUUUUUAAGCUUUAAAAUUUCAAGAUAAAAAGUAGUGAAUGUGCUUUCAAAGAAGUAACAGCGCUUAUUUCAGCCAAAAGACUUUGUGAUCUGAACUGAAAACUUUUCAAGGAACAGCAAUGCUUUUAUGUUGGUGUGGAGGAUUUCACAAAUCAAGUUUGCAUAGUUUCAGAAUAAUAGUAGUCUUGGAAGAUAUUGAAAAACAGAUUAUUAUUAAAAAUUAAUGAGCUUAUUAUAUAGCUCGGUACCCCAGCCAAAACCUGGUUUAGCAUGUUUACAAAAUGCUUUUUACUAAAAGACAAAAUGUCUCCUGAACCAGUGAAAAGCAAACUUGACACUCAGCUUGCACAUGGAUAUAUAGAAAUAGACACAUAAACAUUUAUGCAAACAUAGCUUACUUUACAUUAUCUUGCAUGUCCACUCAAGAAACUAUGCACAUACAUGCACAUGCUAAUUGUUGGCCCAGUCAGUGGCAUAAACAUCUGUCCCAAAUGCUAACAUCCUGUCAUUAUCUCAGUCCAAAUUGUGUAGCUUUAUGAUGACUACAUUUUCGAUGGUAGAAUGCAGAUAACUGUAAAAUAGAAGGUAUUUUUUUUUUAACCUGUAACAGCAGCACAAAUCAUAAACUAAAUGAACCAGUGAGCAGUUGUUUCACCUCAGUAGUUUGGCAAAUCUGAAUGCAGGAUCUUUGUGGUUGAUUUUUUUUUUUUUUUUAAUAAUCACAGAUUUUGCUCAUAAUUUGUUAGGAUUGAGCCACUCCAGAAAUUCAAAUUGUUAUACGCUGUGCAUUUGCUUACACGAGUUUAUUUCACUGCAAUGGUCUGUAAUGUUUCACCCUACUUCAGGGACCAGACCUUUUAGUUUGCUCUUAUCUGUAAUGAAUUUUGUAGUCUGUCUGAUACCUGUUGAAAAUUUGUGUUUACAUUCAGCCUUUUGGAUGGCUGAAAGCUAAAUGUAAAAAAACCUUGCCUGCAGUUGUGUCCUAAGAGUCAUGUCUUUGGGGGUUUUUUUGUUUGGUUGUGUUUUUUGUUUUUGUUUUUUGUACUGCUUAUCUACGAUUGGUAAAUAAUUUGUGAUAAAUUAGUGCAGUGUUACUUGGGUUCUUGGUGUGGUGACAAAUUGUUGAACAUGAGUUUGCAGCUGGCUUGUCAGUUGGGUGGCAAGAUAGUUCAUACAAUAGUUAUUGAGAUACUGGUAUUAAGCUGGUAUCAGGUGGCAUGUGACUAGUUAGCACCCUGAUGUAAGGAUAUCAUUAUAGUCUUACUUCUGGAUUUCAUCUGAUACAGAGCUCACUGUGGUUUUUGAUACAUAAAGGUAAAGAAGAUAAAGGUCACCCCUAACCUUUUGGUCAUUGGGGAGUGUGGCUAACAUUUUGUGAGAGCAGUGCCCAUCUCUUUCCCUUGCUACCUUACCUUUCAAGUAUUCUAUAAAGUCAGGCACUCAUUCCUGACAACUGGAUGGACUAGGCUAAUCAUUGCACCACAUGAGAAUUGAAACAGAGUUCCUUUGGGUUUGGAUGCCAGUGCUGUAAUCCGGAUAAAUAUGGCACACUUCUGGAUGUCAAGUGGUUUGGGACUAGCACUACAUAAUGUUAAUUCAGAGAGUUUUUAAACAAGUCUGUUUAGACAAAGGUCUAUCAAACAGAAGUGCAUGAAAGACAAGCAGUGAAAUAGGGCUGUCAUGACAAGAUUUUAAAAUGAAAAGCUAAUUAUAAAUGUUUCAAACAUUUUUAUGAAGUCAUAAACCCCAUAUAAUGUUAACAUUGAACAGAAAGUACCAUAUAACUAUGAUAAGAUCGAUUUCCAUUAAAUAAGGCAGAGCUGUGAUAAAGCCUAAAAAGUCAAAGUGUAGAUCAAAAUUGUGCUUUGUUUUAAACAUCCUACCAUUCUGUACCAAUAAUUGUCUGUGUGUGUGAGAGAGAGCAUUUGUGUGUGGAUGAUUCUGUUUUCUUUGCUCCAGUAAUUUGUUAAAAUGUGUACUUUCAGCUUAGAUUUUGUCAGUCAGUGAAUCUUUUAGUCAAUUUUACUUGUUUGGCAAUAGAAUUUUUACCUAGAUUUGAGAUAUGUCCUGCAAUGUCAAUGCAAUUUUGUUCAAUGUAUUGAAGUUUACUUAUAUUAAAGUUAUGUCUACAUAUUC